UGCUUGCGGCGCGCGUCGCUCCGUCCCGCGUCUUCCGCUUUCCUCUCCUCUCUGCUGCAGCUCUGGACUCUGCUCUCUCUCUCUCUCUCUCUCUCUCUCUCUUUGUGCUGUGAGUUUUUGUUCGUCUUCUUUAAAGAAUGUGAACAGUUUUUGUCCGCUGUCUGAGCGCUUCCAUGACGCGCUGCCCUCGCCGCUGUCCUCUGUAGCUCUCCAUGGUGCUGAAAGGCUCCUCUGAACGCACUGGUGCGCUACUGCUGCUCCAACAAUCCUCACAUAGGCACAAUUUCUGCAGCUUUUCUAUCCUGCAGGUGACAUAUCUUCAUCUAUAACAGGUUUUAAAGCUUCUCAACUUAAAGCAGAAGGAGUUUGCGCAGAAGAAAGCAGAAAAUAAUCUUCCAAGAGAGACUACAGCGGCUGUAUCGAUUUCAGGAGGACUCCAGAAGAGGAAAACUCGGAUGCAUUGAAGCGCAACUUAGACUGGAGAUAUUCUGAUGAAGUGGACACAGCGGAUGAAUUAUCCUUUAUUUUAGCUCAUCCAAACUACUUGGCGCGCGGGAAAGUGGGGCUUUCUUUCUCUUCAGCUGGAGACUUAAACACCCUCCUCCAAACUUGUCCUGAAUACCAAAUGGUCGUCUGAGGAGGCCCCGAGCAAGACAAUGGAGGCGUCCGCCAACGGGUCAAGUUUUGGCAUCGACUCGCUGCUGUCCCACAGGCCGGGAAGUCCGCUAUCCAAAGGGGACAGCGUGGUGGGAGAGUGCCGCUCUCCUCUGGAGUUCAGCCCGAGAUCAGACGCGGAGUCCGGCUGCUCGUCGCCUCCGUCACCGAGGAGGGAGUGCGUGGAUGAGGUGGCCCAGAGGCAAGGUCACGGCGUGGGCCUGCCGCCGCACCUGCAGCACGCGCAGAUCUCGGCUGGGUCUCAGCAGAGGACCGUGACCUCGUCGUUUCUCAUCAGAGACAUUCUCGCGGACUGUAAGCCUCUGGCCGCGUGUGCGCCUUACUCCAGUAAUGGACAGCCGACGCAAGAGGCGGGGAGGCUGGUGUCCAAGAUAGCGGACGACUUCAUGGAGAAAAUCCACAGCAACUCAUCAUCAGACAGCGAAUACAAAGUGAAAGAGGAGGGAGACCGGGAGAUCUCCAGCAGCAGAGACAGCCCUCAGGUCCGGCUCAAGAAGCCCAGGAAGGCCCGGACGGCCUUCACGGACCACCAGCUGGCGCAGCUGGAGCGCAGCUUCGAGCGCCAGAAGUACCUGAGCGUCCAGGACCGCAUGGAGCUGGCAGCCUCCCUCAACCUCACCGACACGCAGGUCAAGACCUGGUACCAGAACCGGAGGACAAAGUGGAAGAGGCAGACGGCGGUGGGGCUCGAGCUGCUGGCUGAAGCGGGGAACUACUCCGCCCUGCAGAGGAUGUUCCCGUCCCCGUACUUCUACCCGCAAAGUCUGGUGUCCAACCUGGACCCCGGAGCGGCCCUCUACUUGUACAGAGGCCCCUCUGCGCCCCCGCCGGCCCUGCAGAGACCCCUGGUCCCGCGGAUCCUGCUGCACGGCCUGCAAGGGGGCAGCGAGCCGCCCCCUCCCCCUCCUCCGCUGCCCCCAAUGUCAGGCGUGCUUCCCCGGCCAGGUCAGCAGCGGUGAGCCGGCCCAUCACGCCAAACACUGGCAGCUUAUGGACGUUUUUUUUUUAAAAAAAAAAAGAUGAAAUAAAACAAAGACAGAAGCGUAAAAAAAACGUCACGGAGACGCGUGAAAAGAGAAACUGUUGAAGGCCUUUCUAUGGAGCGACAGACUGAACUCUGUGGACGGAGCUAUGUUGGAAGUUUUUUAUUUGGUUUUAUUUUGGA